CGAGAUCCCUAAUCCAGUAAUCCCUAUCACCGAAACAUCAAUAUAUUUGUCUGUAUCUUUAUGUAGAUCUUUCAACUGUCAGCGUCUGAUUAAGGAAGAAUUUGUUGAUAGUUGAUUGGGGUUGAUAUUCCUCCUCUGUAUUUUGUGUGUAUCUAUCUAGUAUCUAUCUAUAACAUACAUAAAUUUUAUGCCUCCAUGAUAGUGAUAGUAGUCUAGUUGGAGGAGGAGGAGCUGAGAAAGAGAAGUGUGUAAGUGUACUCUAUUCUCUAUCUAUUAUAUGUAUAUGUAGGCAAGCUGCGGAUAUGAUAGGAUAGGAGAAAGCGGAAAGCAUUGGUGAAUUACAUUAGCAACAGAAACAUAAACUACAUAUUUGUUGUAUAAGUGUUGAUGGAAGGAAGAGCAGCGGUGUGGUGAACUCUUUUGCACUUGUUAAACAAAGGAAAUGGGUUCUGAGCAGAAUGGAUUUCCGCCACCUCCCACGCAAGACCCACCACCUCCUCCUCCUCGCCCCAGGCAUAAAAGAUGGGUUGGAUGUUGGGGUGGAUCGUCUUGUUUUGGCAAACAAAAAGGUGGAAAACGUAUUGUACCUGCUUCUCGGGAGGCCAAUUCAUUAACAAAUCAGCCAAAUGGACCCCAAGUUGGUGCCAUAAAUAAUCAGACUACAGGACUCACACUAUCUCUUUUAGCUCCACCUUCUUCUCCGGCAUCUUUUUCAAACUCAGCAAUAGCUUCAACAGCUCAAUCACCAAAUUGUUUCUUAUCUGCCAACUCCCCAGGAGGUCCAUCAUCCACUAUGUUUGCUACUGGUCCAUAUGCCCAUGAGACACAACUUGUAUCUCCUCCUGUUUUCUCUACCUUUACAACUGAGCCAUCUACCGCUCCUCUAACACCUCCCCCAGAGUUGGCACAUCUGACUACUCCCUCUUCUCCAGAUGUGCCUUAUGCUCAGUUCCUUUCAUCUUCUGCAAACCUUAGAACCACAAAUAAGUCACAGUAUGGCAUUACUAAUGAUCUUCAGUCAGCCUAUUUGCUCGAUCCAGGAAGUCCUGCUAGUAGUCUUAGAUCACCUACUGAAUGGGAUCCCUCAGUUCCUUCGCAAGAGUUCAAGUAUCAAGUGUGUGAAUCAGGUGGACUUCGUGGAACAGGAACAGCUGAAACCUCCAAGUUGUCCCAAGAUUCAAAUUUUUUCUGCCCAGCUACAUUUGCACAAUUCUACAUCGAUCACUCCUUAUUUCCUCAUUCUGGUGGGAGGAUAAGUGUGUCCAAGGAAUCAGAUGCAUAUUCAAAUGGGCAUCAGAACAAGCAGAACAAAACUUGUAAACAAGACACAGAGGAGAUAGAAGCUUACAGAGCAUCCUUUGGUUUUAGUGCUGAUGAAAUUGUCACUACAACGCAGUAUGUGGAAAUUUCCGAUGUCUUAGAUGACUCAUUUACCAUGACGCCUUUUGCCUCCAGUAAGCCUCAAGAAAAAAAUAUAAUGAUUGUGUCAACAGAUGAGGUGACAAAAGUAGAGAAAAGUCAGAAAAAUGUCUCAAGCCCACAAUAUCUCAAAUCAAGUUCAUAUCAUGCUAAGGGACCUUACAGCAAUAUAGCAGAUCACAGUUUACAGAAGCAUUCUAAAGAUGUUUUUGGACAAAAUGCCCUUAGCACUCAUGCUGUCAGUGACGAGGAGGAUGUCUUCUCCAAGAUGGGAAAUUCCAGACAUGGUAGGAAACAUCCCCCUGGUUUAUCUAGCUCUGAUGCAGAGAUUGAUUACAGGAGAGGAAGAAGUUUGAGAGAAGGAAAAAGCUAUUUCUAAUGGCUCGAUUCUUUGCAUAUUUCAACUUGUUUUAGGCUUUUUCUUCCUGUUUGAUUGAUCGGUUGAAUGUAUUGUCUCUAUAUUUGAAGUUCCCAAGGUAAACACAUGAAAAGUCUAACUGUAUUAUAGAUGUGGAUGUAGCAUGGGGCUCUUUUGUAAUGUGUUUUUGAAUGCUAAAGAGUUUGAUUUAUUAAUAUUAUUCUAAUUUUAAUUGUAA